AUGAGGAACAAAACGGUGGAGGAUCCCCACUGUGGAGGCCACCUGGUGGCGAGACUGGGAAGCGCCUGCAGAGCUGAGAGCCUGAAGCAGGGUGCAAAGGAGCUGUAUGUAUCCAACCGCCGAGCCGUGGCUCAGAGCACGCCCGAGCAAGCCAGCUUCCAUCCUCAUCACCUCAGCCAUCACCACCGCCACCACCGCCAUCACCGCCACCUGCGCCACCACGCCCACCCCCACCGCCUCCACCACCAGGAGGCAGGCCUGCACGGUGCCCAGGUGACGCCCUGCACGUGCCCCUUGUUCUCCUGCCAGUGGGAAGGCCACCUGGAGGUGGUGGUGCCCCACCUGAGGCAGACCCACAGGGUCGACAUCCUCCAGGGAGCAGAGAUUGUCUUCCUGGCCACGGACAUGCACCUGCCGGCGCCGGCCGACUGGAUCAUCGUGCACUCCUGCCUGGGCCACCACUUUCUGCUGGUGCUCCGGAAACAGGAGAGGCAUGAAGGGCACCCGCAGUUUUUUGCCACCAUGAUGCUGAUCGGGACCCCCACGCAGGCCGACUGCUUCACCUAUCGCCUGGAACUCAACAGAAACCAUCGGAGGCUCAAGUGGGAGGCCACACCCCGCUCGGUCCUGGAGUGCGUGGACUCUGUGAUCACCGACGGGGACUGCCUGGUCCUGAACACCUCGCUGGCCCAGCUCUUCUCUGACAACGGCAGCCUCGCCAUUGGGAUCGCCAUCACCGCGACCAAGGUCCACGCCACCGAAAUCGAGAUAUGA